AUGGCCACACGUAAGGAGGCCAAGUACAAAGAGAUGGGCAAGUCCCUGGACUUCCAGCCGUUCCAAGGUUCCAAGAUUUUGACAGAUGAAGAGACAGCAAAGAGGCUUUACUACUGCUUCCCAUUCAAGGCGAUGCCAGAGACACAUCUCAUGUUCUCUACAGCAAACGAUGGCCGUUCUAUCAAAGAAAUGCACAGUUUGGUCGAUGGAAAAGGAAUUUCGGUUAUUAUCGUCAAAGCAAACGAUAGAAUUUUCGGUGGCCUUGCAGCAUCGAAGUGGACAAACGAUGGCCGUAGUUUUGGCGAAGGAACUUCUUCAUUCCUUUUCUCAAUCGAUAAUAACGCGUUCAUACAGGCACAUCCUCAAUAA